AUGACGAGUUACCCAUCAAUCAGAGAUAAGUUGCCUGCAGAAAGAGCGGGCGCAGCCACAGCUGUAGAGGCGGUAGAACAAGCUAACGAGGCAGACGAAGAAGUGGAGGAUGUAGAUGUGACGACACUAACGGCUGUAGAAUCAAUGGAAGAUGAAGCCUGGGCUCUACGUUUGCUAUUACUAGAGACACUUCCAGCAUUCGUAGUGUGGACGGAACCACAAGAAACCGAGUUAUUAUUACAAUUGGCUCCUAAAGCACCAGGACACCCUCCAAUGCUAUUAUUGUUACUGCUACCGGAGACAACUCCACAUCCAGUGCUGCAAUUUGGAGCUGUAGAUGUUGAACUUCCACCAGCGCUACGAAGCGACUGGCCAAAACCCCGAGCAAUAUGGCUACGGGCCCCGCGAUUGUUGCCAGGACUAUCUGAAACUGUGGCGCUACCGCCAGUUUGGCUCACAUGA